AAAAUAUUUCGUGUAGUUUCGCACGAAAGAAAUAUGGCCCAGAAGUGAACGUAAACAACAUGACAAAUACAAACACAAACACACACCUUACCAUGAGCAACAUAUCUUUUUGACAACGCACGGUCACACUGAACUGUUGAAGUCUAAUAAUUACAAGUCAUUGACAUCGAAGUGACAGGUGAGGUGACAUUAAAUAAGUCUAAAACAAUACAGGAGAUCAUAAAAAAAGAAAAAUGAAGCGAGCUUGUGGUUCAGAUGUGCCUAUCAUUAAGAAAAUGUUUUCCGACGAACUUGAAGAUUCAAAUGCCAACAACGAAUCGUUGCCGUCGACGGAGAAUGGUGAACCAGUGAAACAGGAUGUAGUUUCUGCUCCGAUUCCAGGUGAAACUGAUGAUGCCGCCAUGGCCCUGAUUCCUGAUAUAUCUUCAGAAUUAGCUGCUCCCAUGGCGGCACCAAAUCCUUUUGAUGAACUAGCUGCUAUUGAUGGGGAAAAAAGUGUCCAGGAGAGACAAGAUACGAUUCCUGCAUCGACAUUAGUUGAGGCUGAUAAUACCGGCCUAAAUCCGGACCAUUCUCCUGUACCAACUUCGGUUGGUGAUACUAUUUCGGAUUUUGAUCCUUCUGAUAAGCAAGCUGCUAUCAAAGGGGAAAAUAGUGUCCAGGAGAAUCAGGAUUCGGUUCUAGCUUCGACCUCAGUUUUUUCUGAUAACCAGUUACCAACUGCAAUUGAUGAGACCCUCCAGGCUCCAUAUCCUUUUGGUAAGCCAGAUGCUGUUGAUGGGGAAAAUAGUGUCCAGGAGGAUCAAGAUUCGGUUCUAGCUUCGACCUCGGUGGCGAUUGAAGACCCUAUUCCGACAUUGGAUCCUUCGGAUGAAAUUUUCGCUGACGAGGAUCGCAUCCAGUCUUCUGAUCCAGAUUCACUUGCCGAGAACACCAGCGGUAUAUCAAUGAACUUUAAGACGGAAUUAGAGGAUAAUUCCAGCGAUAUGAGUGAGCUUUGGCAUCAGAUGGAUUCGAGCGGAGAGCUUUCUGUGGACACCAGCGGUGUAUCAAUGACCUUUACGAAUGAAUCAGAGGAUGAUUCCAUCAAUAUGAGUGAACUUGGGCAUCAGAUGGAUUCGAGCGGAGAGCUUUCCGUGGAAGGAAGGGAAAUCGACAUAAGGAGCGAGAAACCGGUUGAUUGCAUUUCGGCCAUGAACCGCCAACUGCGCCAGUGCUUGAUCCCCAAGGACGCUACGACAGUCCUUAAUGAGUUAAAGGGUGUGAUCAUCAACCGCAUUGCCAAUAAACGCUACCAUGACGGUCAGUUCACGACCCAUUUGACCGUGAACUCAAAGCAGUACUUUGGCGAGGGUCCUUCUAUAACCUUGGCCAAGAAAAGAGCCUGCGAAAAGGCAUUGCGCGGCAUAAUCAUUGACAAACUGAACGCUAUGCAACAUAAUGCAAAUGAAAUUGAAGAAGACGAUAUGCCCAUGAUAGAGCUGGCCUCGUAUGCCCUUUACAAACUUUUUGAGGAGUGGAAGAUGGAAGGUUUCCAUGUUCCAGAGCAGUAUCUUAAACGCUCGGAGUUACCCUUAGACUGGGAGACCAUGCAUCCCGGCGUGGUUCUUUCUCACUUACGCCCAAAUUCUAUUUACAAAUAUUUGGGAUGUACCGGCGAAAUCCCGAAUGAGGUGUUCGAAAUGGGAAUCAUGGUGGACGGCCAGGAAUACAAAGCCAAAGGGACAUCUAAAAAAAAUGCUCGACGCAAUUUGGCCGCCCUUGUUUGCAACACGAUUUGUAAAACCGACUUUUUCACUGGUGAUUAAGGUUAACAAGUCAAUAGUAAAUUGACAUAAAACAUUUAAGCUAUUAAUUUUUUAUUAU